CAGAUCCCGCACCUAGGCGGUGCGAUGCCUAGACUUUCAUGCACCAAUAUUACCAUGAACUCGAUAUGUAGUCCCACUCGAGAGAUUAUUGAAGGCCACACAUGGCUCCCGCUCAGCUAUAGUGGCAACUCAACGCGGAGAGUAGCACCCCAUCUGCUUGACCCCAGUUGUGAUCCACGAGACAGAGCUCCCUGGACUGUAAAUUACUUAAUACUACCGGCAUGUCAGGCUACAUAUACAUAUGUAAAGUCUCCUGGCUGCAGCAUGCAUGUACAGGUCAAUUUCUUUGACUGUGCGCGCCACAUCACACCACAGACGCUGAUCGUAUACGCCAAUUUACACGGUUAUGAUUAGAGCUUCACUGUUGACUCAAAUUCUACGACUGAACCAAAGCUGAAACGAGUGGUUUUCCUUGAUGACAACCAGGUACUUCCUAGCCUGCCACAAUGUUCUACUCUACCGUCUUGUCUGCCGCCGCCCUAGUGCUCGCACAGAUCUCGUCGGCUACUAAUGACACCAGCUGCUCUUGCUCCAAUACGCUCGUCCGGAAGGAGUGGAGAAAUCUGUCGGAUGAAGAGAAACUCGAGUAUAUCUCUGCGGUCCAAUGCCUGCUAUCAACGCCGGCCCAGCUGUCGGAUACCCUACCUGGCUCCGUCUCACGCUUUGAUGAUUUCCAGGGUGUGCAUAUCGCGUUGACAGAGAGAUACCACUUCACCGGGCCUUUUCAGCCUUGGCAUCGAGUGUACGUGAAGCUGUACGAAACUGAGCUUCGCGGCACCUGUGGAUACACUGGUGCCCAACCGUACUGGGAUUGGACUCUGGAUGCAGACUCAGAAGAAGGCUUCCUAGCUUCACCUGUAUUUGACAAUAUGACCGGAUUUGGAGGAAAUGGCCCUUACGUGAACACGACUGAUUACGAGACCACAAAUGUUCCUGUCAAGAUCCCUUACAAGACUGGUGGCGGAUGCGUUGAGGAUGGGCCGUUCCUCAAUAUGUCUGUCAACAUGGGCCCUGGUAGCAACAUCGAAUACAACCCUCAAUGCCUUACACGGGAUUUCAGUCCAUGGUUGAUCACGCAAACCCUAAACACCACUGUUGUCGACUGGGGCCUGUCCGCAAACUCCUUUGCUGUCUACGACUAUCGCACUCAAGGAACUGGUAUCGAAGUCUCCGGCAUGACUUACCACGCCGGUGGCCAUCUCGGUGUCGGUGGCGAUAUAGGCACCAUUGGAAAUAUGUACUCGUCGCCUGGCGAUCCGCUCUUCUAUCUUCACCAUGCGAACCUCGACCGGCUGUGGAACCAAUGGCAGCGAGCUGAUUGGCAAGCACGCAGUAUCGAUAUCGCUGGACCUGAUACCAUGUUUGCAUACCCGUUCGACUUCAUGGGCGCUGUCGCGUAUACCAACAUCACUCUUGACACAGUCCUUGAGUUUAAUGGUCUGACAGACGAUGUUGCGAUCAGCACAGUGAUGGAUAUCAAUUGUGCUGCGUUCUGUUAUACAUAUGCUUAG